AUGCAGAGAUCCAUUCGAUUGAAACGUGAAUUUGAAAGACUUAAUCAAAAUCCUAUAGAAGGCAUUUCUUGUUAUCCAAAAUCUGAUAAUUUUGAAAAUUUUGUCGCAACAAUUAUUGGACCAAAGGAAAGUCCAUAUAGUGGAUACAUUUUUCAAUUGUCAAUAGAUAUUUCUGAACAAUAUCCAUUUGAACCACCAAGGAUAAAUUUUCAAACACCUAUUUAUCAUCCAAAUAUUGAUAACAAAGGUCGUAUUUGCAUGAAUCUUUUAAAUAUGCCACCAAAAGGUAGUUGGAAACCAACUAUUGGAUUAAGAAAUCUUUUGGAUGCUAUACAAUGUUUAUUAGGAAAUCCAAACCCUGAUGAUCCUUUGAUGGCAGAUAUAGCCCAAGAAUAUAAAUUGAAUAGAGAAAAGUUUGAAAGAAAGGCAAAACAAUUUAUGAAACAAACAGAAAAUAAACUUUUAUAA